AUGGUUUUGAAAAGAAACAAGAACAAUGGAACCCAUGCCUUGUUUUUUUCCAACACUGAUGACGAUCUUGGAGUGGAGUUACGGCAAGUGCUUUUGAAGAUAGUGGAGCUUCUGGGAACGGCGAACGUGUCGGACUUUUUUCCGGUGGUGGCUAGAUUGGAUUUACAGGGCGUGGUGGGAGAAAAGAGGCGGCAAAGGAUGGUGGUGGAAGGGAUUUUCGACAGGAUCAUUAAUGAGAGGAUGGCGAGUAAAGUGGAAGAAACAACAGAGGAAGAGGGCAGAAGAGAUUUGUUGCAGAUUUUACUGGAGCUUAGAGAAGAAAAGUCCACAUCGUCGUUUACUAUCACCCAAAUUAAAGCCCUUUUCAUGGACACCAUACUUGGAGCAACUGACACAACAUCUACGAUGGUACAAUGGAUAAUGGCAGAGCUUUUACGACAUCCAAAGAUAAUGAAACAGGUACAUAAUGAAUUAGAAGAAGUCGUAGGCCUAAACAACAUCGUCGAAGAAUCUCAUAUCCCAAAAUUAUAUCACCUAGAUGCAGUGGUUAAGGAAACAUUUCGAUUACACCCUCCACUUCCUUUCUUGCUACUGCGGUCUCCAAGUCAAUCCUGUGAGGUAGGUGGAUACACAGUCCCAGAGGAUUCCAACAUAUAUUUGAAUGUUUGGGCCAUCCAUAGGAAUCCUGAAUAUUGGGACAAUCCCUUGAAAUUCAUUCCUGAAAGGUUCAUAAAUCUUGAUGGAACAACCAGAUUUGAUUACAACGGAUACAAUUUCAAAUACUUCCCAUUUGGAUGUGGGAGAAGAAAGUGUCCUGGAAUUCGUUUGGGAGAGAAAAUGUUGGUGUAUCUUUUGGCUUCGUUGUUGCAUUCAUUUAACUGGACUUUGCCAAAUGAGGAAGAGCUUGAGCUCUCUGAUAAAUUUGGUAUUGUCCUUAAAAGAAAACCACUAGUAGCUCUCCCUUCCCAAAGAUUACCAGAUAAAAACCUCUACAUGUAA